AUGGAUGGCUUCCUCACUCCCUUACUGGUUGCUUAUAAAGUCAAAAGGAAGCAAGAUCUUACAUGGCAGGAAAAGAUGAGCCUACCAUUUCAGAAAAUUCAGCAUAGUAUAACUGCAGAGGACCAUCAACCAGCACCAGACAGCUGUGUUCUAAGUAUGGUUGUAGGGCAGCUAAAGGUGGAUGAUGACCCAGUGAUGGGUUUUCAUCAGUUAUUCCUUCUGAAAAAUGAUAAUGAUAAGUGGAUCUGCACAAAUGACAUGUUCAGAUUGGCUUUACAUAACUUUUGCUAGGCUCGUUUUGCAACUGUAGUCAUAUUUCAAUCAGCCAGUUGUCUUUUACACUGAAGCAGUGUAUUCACAUAGGCACUGUCGUGGUCCAGGACCAAUGUAAUGAACUGAAUUGCUUAAUGAAAAUGGUUGCAGUAUUUUGUCUACUAGAUUUUCAAUCUGUUCAGCAUUCAAAGGUCAAAUACAUGAUCACAGUGUUUACUCAUCCAGUGAAUGAAAAUGACAACGUUUGAAGUUAUCUAUAAAUGGUUUCUGUAAGUGUCAUUUUUUUCAUGAAAUAAUUUGAAUCUUGGACUUUACUGGUUGGAUAUAUCAAAAUUUGUUCUCAGACUUGCUUCAUUAUUUGAUUUUUGAAAAACGAAUAAAAUAGUCAAACUAA